AAUAAUCCUCUGGGUGACUGCGGCUUGCCCAUCUUUCAUCUCUCCAGCAAAAUAGACUUGGACUAAACUCAAUAAGGAAACGUAAUGGCUAAUGAUGAUGCUAAAAUCCCCAGAGUUUUUUGCGUUGGAACGGCGGAUACUAAGUUGGAGGAGCUACAGUUUCUGUCUGAAUCCGUUCGCCUCAAUCUAACCUCCUUCUCUAAUAACAACUCUUCCCAGGUAGAAGUUGUGGUGGUUGAUGUUUCGAUUGGUCAAAAGGAGACAGAGAGCUUGCAAGAUUUUAAGUUUGUGAAAAGAAAUGAAGUUCUUUCUUUCUGUUUUGACUCCACUGAAAAAAUCCCGGUUGGACUUGAUAUUGAUAGAGGCAAAGCUAUUGCCUUUAUGGGUAAAUCCCUUCAACAUUUUCUUAAAACGGCUGUGGAUGAUCAAGUUCUUGUUGGAGUCAUUGGCCUUGGAGGCAGUGGAGGUACUUCUCUUAUGUCGUCUGCUUUUAGAUCUCUUCCGAUUGGGAUGCCAAAAGUCAUUGUAUCUACUGUUUCUAGUGGUCAAACUGAACCUUAUAUUGGCACCUCAGACUUGAUAUUGAUACCAUCCGUGGUGGAUGUUUGUGGGCUUAAUAGUGUUAGUAGGGUCGUGUUUUCAAAUGCUGGUGCUGCUUUUGCUGGAAUGGUGUUGGGGAGGUUAGAGCAGUCUAUAGACCUCAAACCUGGUAAGCAAAAAUGUACUGUUGGUAUGACCAUGUUUGGGGUGACAACUCCAUGUGUAAAUGCUGUGAAAGAAAGAUUGGAAAAAGAAGGUUAUGAGACAUUGGUUUUCCAUGCCACUGGAGUAGGGGGCAGAGCUAUGGAGUCUCUAGUUAAAGAGGGGUUCAUACAGGGUGUACUGGACAUUACAACAACAGAAGUUGCAGAUUACAUAGUUGGAGGUGUCAUGGCUUGUGACAGUUCCCGCUUUGAUGCCAUCUUAGAGAAGAAGAUUCCUUUGGUUCUUAGUGUGGGUGCCUUGGAUAUGGUGAACUUUGGAGCUAAAGAUACCAUACCUUCACACUUUCAAGAAAGGAAGAUUCAUAUACACAAUGAACAGGUUUCACUCAUGCGGACAAUGGUGGAUGAGAACAAAAAAUUUGCUGCCUUUAUUGCAAAUAAACUGAACAAAUCAUCUUCAAAGAUCCAUCUUUGCUUGCCGCAAAAUGGUAUCUCAGCUUUGGAUGCAACAGGGAAGCCCUUUUAUGAUGCAGAGGCAACUGGUGCACUUAUAAGUGAGCUGCAGAAGCUUAUCCAGGCAAAUGAAAAUCGCCAGGUUAAGGUCUAUCCUUAUCAUAUCAAUGACCCUGAGUUUGCGGAAGCUUUGGUUGAUGCAUUUUUAGAGAUUAGUGGGCAGAAUCCCAUGGAUUCCAGUUUAUGUGAACCAAGUCAAGGUGGUCUUCUUGAGAAUUCUGUUUCUAAAAUAAAUGAAUCAAGCCAUGGGAUGAUACGCUACAGCCCAUGCAACUUCCCUGAUGCAAAGCCAGAAACUUUACAGAAAACUCAGACAAUAUUGCUAAAACUGAAAGACCAAAUAGAGAAAGGAUUUCCCAUUAUCGGGGCUGGUGCUGGGACUGGAAUUUCAGCAAAGUUUGAGGAAGCUGGUGGUGUUGAUCUAAUAGUAUUGUAUAACUCGGGGCGCUUUCGAAUGGCAGGAAGGGGUUCCUUAGCUGGCUUAUUGCCUUUUGCUGAUGCAAAUGCAGUGGUACUGGAAAUGGCCAAUGAAGUUUUGCCUGUGGUAAAGGAGGCACCAGUGCUUGCUGGAGUAUGUGGAACUGAUCCUUUUCGCCUAAUGGAUUACUUUUUAAAGCAGUUGGAGUCAAUUGGGUUCUUUGGAGUGCAAAAUUUUCCAACUGUUGGGCUAUUUGAUGGCAAUUUUAGACAAAAUCUGGAAGAGACAGGAAUGGGAUAUGACUUAGAGGUUGAGAUGAUUGCAAAAGCACAUAAAAUGGGUCUCUUGACUACCCCAUAUGCUUUUAAUCAAGAAGAAGCUGUGAAGAUGGUGAAAGCAGGUGCUGAUAUUAUAGUGGCCCAUAUGGGGCUCACCACAUCUGGGUCUAUUGGUGCAAAAACAGCUGUUUCAUUGGAGGAAAGUGUAAGCCUUGUUCAAGCUAUCGCUGAUGCUGCACACAAGAUCAAUCCUGAUGUCAUUGUUCUCUGCCAUGGAGGUCCUAUAUCAGGUCAUGGGGAAGCAGAAUAUGUAUUGAAGAGAACCCUGGGAGUUCAUGGUUUUUAUGGUGCAUCAAGUAUGGAGAGGCUACCAGUUGAGCUGGCUAUAACAAACACAAUGCGGCAGUACAAAUCAAUUUCUAUCAAGUAAAUUUUCGCAUCAGUUCAUAAGCAAGUCGAUUUAUGUAUGUGUGUCAUCAUUUCUAUUUUCAUUGCUUUAUCCUUAGAACCUUUAAAUCGAAGAAACUAAUAAAUUUUCUGGAUUUGAUAUUUGUGGAUACCAUUGGUCCAUUUUGCACAUUUGUGUGGAUGGCUACAACUCUUUGUAAUCAAUUCAUUGUUGUCUUGAAAUUGUAGUUAUAUUAUACAGCAAACAUUGCUCCUCAUAA